CUGGCUGGCAGAUGGCCACCCACCCAUUCACCCACCCACCCACCAUUUGCAUUACUCAGUUAUCCAGUCCAGUACAAACUAUCGCAGUCAGCUAGCGCGAUAACAAAUGCAGCCAUUUCCCAUGCACCCGCCUUCCACCCACCGGACAGUCUGAAUCUCUUCCCCCGCUGCAUUCGGGCAGACAGAUACGCAGGUAUGUCCCCUAUAUAUCUGCAUACACCAGUGAGUCACCCCAGCAGACACCAUGUUGGGCCGGCGCACUCGACCCCCAACACCAAGGGCUGUAUGGCCCUCGCGGCAUCCAGCGGAGCCCCGACAAGGCUUCUCACAAUCCCACUCACCACAAGCAAGGGGUUGUCAAACAACGACACGACGGCCUCUUGUCCCCCUUCCCCUUCCCCCUCCGCCUCUCGCUGCUGCUCUGCCUCUAGAAUAUGCUCUUCUGGCUGCUGCUGAUAUUCCCUGUGAUCGUCCUCGGAUCGCUGCUCCAUGAAGAACGGCCAGAGGUUGACAUCGUCGGAAAAGGGCGGAUACUGCAGGUGUGAGAGUAAUUCCCGGUCUUCGUUCAGGGCGGCCAUCCAUCGGCUGGGCAGGUAGAAGCUGCUGCCACGUAGGGAGAAAGGCAAGGGCUUAGAAGAGGCGGGCUCGGACUGCUCGGCGGGCUCGGACUGCUCGCCUUUGGCUGUGGCAUUGCACAGCGGGCAUGGGCCACGCCUCCUUGUGAGUCGCUGCCUCGAUACAGAAGGACUCCGUGUCAGAGACAAGAGCUUGAAGAGGAAAAUGUCCUCUAUCGCCUGCGAAGGACAGGUGAGAUUCACCGUCGUCGUCUCUAUUUGCUGCCAGAUACGAGCAUACCGUGUCCAUGGCAUGGAAGAAUCGCAGCUCACGCCGCCGCCGUCGGGGGCCUGGCGGGCACCAUCGUGAAUGGUAAUGGUGUACUCGAUGACACUCCUCGCCUUCUAUAGACCCCAUAUCCGCCUCCCAAGCCCAAGGCCGCCCUUGUCUGACUGCCUGUAGGGAGGCCGCCCUGUCGUUCGAUGCGUGACUCCAGUUGAGAUAAUAGCGACGACAGACAGGUGGCGAGGAGCCCGAUGGCGGCCUCACAAAGGACAAGGCCAGACUGCACAGCGUCUGCAACGCCGCCAGAGACUCGAGAAUCGCGGGCGUUCUCCACUGCUCUCCGGACAGCUCGUCCUGUUGUUCGUGUCGCUGAUACUGUGUCUCAGCCCGCUGACGACACCGUCUUUCCAGUCGAUGACAGGUCGUGUUGACCAGCAGCCUCGUUGUGCCAGAGCCCCGAUGCAGGCCAUCGCUGUACGUAUCACACCUGUAGUCACAUCGAUGCCGUUUAGGGCUGCGCAGCAGCUGCUGUGUGUCGGGCUGCUCGUGAUCACGGGAUGCGGCGGUCUCCAUCCUCCAACAUUCCUUCCAAGCCACUGUGCGACCACCAUGGUAAGGUCCAAGGGUGUAAUCGGUCGACGGGCCCUGCUCGCCUGCCGAUGAUGUGAGGCCAUUUUCCAUACACCGCAGGUUCAAGAAUGAGACCCUCUUUGCCGCUUGGGAUGGAAGCUUGUCACCGAGGUCUUCCCUUUCGUUCGCUUCAGUGCCGUCGGCCGGGUGUGGGUAAGGGCAGCUGGUUGGAGUCUCAGAGAAUCUUGGAGACGACGUCGGCCGCGGGAGGUAGUGGCUCAUGGACAGGGUGGGGCCCACCAGGGAAAACGACGCCACGAGGAGGAAGACUGCCA